GUCAAGGCCACUCAACCCAUCCCCGACAUAACAAUCCCGACCCUGCAAAACAGAUACAGUCGAGACCCACAACCCCACCACACCGACAACAACGGCAAGUACCGAGCCAAAGACCUAAACACUGCAAGCCAGAACACCACAACCACAGCACAAUUACCCGACACAACACCCAGAUAA